CAGCCCUGGAUAACUACAAUUCCCAGCAUUCUCUGCCAAGUUUCUUUCUCUUUUCUCUGUCUGCAAUCAAAGUGCCUCUCUUGUAUGGGAUUAGUCUUUCUGGCUGCCUGAAGGAAGGGAUUAAAGAGGUUAAACCCUACCUUUGGAACCUUGAUCCUUUGCUGCUGUCACCGGUAUCAGGGAAAAAGUGCUGAGUGAGUGCUAAUCUGUAGUGGAGAGAAGUUUUUUUAGAAGUUCUCUGAUUGGUCUGCCCCCCCUAGUGGUGAGUCUCUGUGAGAGCAGAGCUGCACCCAUACUUUGAGUACUGCACCCUAUUAAGUGCUGUCAGGUAUCUCAUCUGUCAAACUAUGCAUUCUGGGCUGCGGCUUUUUUCCUGGGCGUGGCUUGGCUUGCGCAUUUUUAAAGGGAUUGUUUGCCUUUAAGUUAACUUUUAGUAUUGGCAGUUCUUAGCAACUUUUCAAUUGGUCUUCAUUUUUUAGAGUUUUUAAAGGGGUGCCAGAGUUCCUGCCGGCCCAUGCUUUCAUAUGAGCUUUGGGGGGUAUUAAUGAACACAUUCUCCAUCCAGGGAGGGAAGGGUUAAAGCUGCCAGUCCUUCCUUUAUGCAACAAGCCCCCUCCUGUUCAAGAAUUCAUUCCUUUGCAUUUGUAUAAACGUCCCUAUGGGAGCGCCAGCAAUUACUGCUACUUUGCUGCAUUUCCCAAAUAAUGCUCCACGCACCAUAAACGUGUCUGAUAUCUCCAGGCCGCAUCGCACAAUGGAUGUGUCCCCGGGGCCCCUGGGAGAGCAGAGUAGAGGGUUUACAUAUGUCAGAAUUUAAAUUUCACGCAUACAGGAGUCAGACAAUAACAAGAUUGUGAGCACCAGGCUUGUCCGUCUCAUCCCCAAAUGGCAGUUUUAAGGGAAACUAGCCCCUGCUAAUCAUCUGGUUCAUCUGGUAAGCAAAUAUCUUGCUUAGGUAAAAGGGGAAAGGGGGUUUAGUCAUCAGUAAAGAGCAGGUUGCAAUUGGCUUUAUUUUGUCUUGUUUAGAAGAAAGAUAAUCCACUCUCAGUAUUGGUUUUGUUGUUGGAAAUCCCUGCCAGGCCUUUCCAGGCAAAUUCACGUGUUCUCAUGAGCACUGUGCAUCCAGCAUGGCUGCCGUGCAGGGGAUUCUGGGAGCUGUAAGCACCAGAGCAGUGCUGGCAUGGUCUCCAGAUGGGUAGAUUCCAAAGCUCACACUUGGCCUUUCUAGAAUUUGAAGUUUAUGAUCCAUUUCAAGGCCCCAAAAUAGAAAAUGAUGUUUAACUGUUUUACAGCCAGGCAGGAGCACGACCCCCCUCUAAGACUGAAUAGCAGACACCCCACUACUAGGCAAAAUCACAUGCACUGACAAUGAUGGAAUUUAUAGGAUUUUAUUGUGCAGAAAUAAAGCUCAGAGACCCCCACGGGGCUAGACUAAAUAUGAAUUGAAACAAAUUCUUAUGCUUUGUGUUCCAGGGAAUUCCAUUGAAGCCUUGGCUAUAGGAGCAGCAGAGGGGAAAGAACACGGAGAUCAUUUAUUCAUAUUGCACAGCAGGAGCACCAGGGGCGGCCAGACCAUGUGGAAAGUCAGCUGCUUGGUAACGGGAUACCUCCUCAUCCUCGCAGUCACCAGCGCCGCCGCCGACCAUUUGUACCGGACAGGGCGCAGGAUCUGCUCUGCCGAUGGGCACCCUGGCACCGUGUCGGUUACCCAGUCCUUUGUCCAGCCGGUACACAGUCCUAUCAUGACUCUGUGCGAGGGACAUAGGAUUUGCAGUACGUACAGAACUACCUACAAGGUUUCCUACCGGCAAGUCUCCAGGAAAACGUCCUUUCCACUUUACUCUUGCUGCCCCGGCUGGAGAAGAAUCGGGGCGCAAACUCACAGCUGCGGCCAAGCUCUGUGCCGAUUGCAAUGUCAGAACGGAGGGACUUGCGUCAGUUCUAAUAAGUGUGAAUGUCCAGCUGGAUGGAGAGGGAUUCAUUGCCAGAUGGAUGUGGACGAGUGCAGUGAUGGCACCCAUCAGUGUUCCCAAGCGUGCAUCAACUCUGCUGGAAGCUUCAGCUGCGAAUGCCUUGAAGGCUACCGGUUGAUGGCAGAUGGAAAGACGUGUCGCAAAGUGCCAGCACCCACCGUGCCCCCUGCAUCACCCACCUCAGUACAAGAAUCAGGAAUUCCACAUUCUGUCAAGGAAGAAAUGGCAGAACUAAGGAGCAAAAUAGAUGUUCUAGAGCAGAAGCUUCACUUGCUGCUGACUCCGUUUCAGGGUUUGACCACUUUCUCCCCAGACGAUGCUGCCGACCCCAUCGCUUUACUGACACGGUCGCUCCAGCAGCUCGAUAGGAUCGAUUCAUUGAGCGAGCAAAUCUCCUUUCUAGAAGAAAGGCUGGAGACAUGUUCAUGCAAGACGGAGCUUUGAUUGGCAGCCAGACUUGCCCAUAGACAAUCACUGAUGUACUGCGCUUGGGAGAUGCAAGGAACGCGGCUGGUUCUCUAUUAUCAUUCCGAGGAUAGAAUCCAUAAUCCGACUGCUACACUUCCAUGUCAUAGAAUGUGACAGGCAACAGCAUUCCGGGUUAUACUGCCACCAAUCCACCAGUGACUUUUACAAUGUGCUUCUCCCUCUACCAACCACCCACACUGCCAGCGAGAACUGAACUGUAUUUGGCUCAGUAUCACUGAAAUAACCCCCCCCCCCGACACAGGUACAGAGAAUUAAGAUGGCAGUCCUUAAGAGUCAACCUAUGCCCCAGCCUUAUUAUCACAAUGGUCAUAUUUAAUGCUUCAGUAAUAGCAGAGUUUGACUGAGGUUAUUGAUAAAGACAAAGGUCAAAGUACACAGUAUCGUUUGCAGAUAAGAUGCUUUAAUUAGUCAUAGAGUAGGUGCAGCAUUGUGGCCAUGAUUAAUAAGGAUUACUGCAAGCUGUUAGAAUAGUCAUUAAUGAAUAUAUACAUAACAAUCCCCAUUUCUACAGAACAGUAUAUAUAUAUAUAUAUAUAUAUAUAUAUAUAUAUAUAUAUAUAUAUAUAUAUAUAUAUAUAUAUAUAUACCCUUCCCUUACUUUGUAGCAGACAGGCUGCUUUGUGGAUAAGGCCACACUGGGCGACUUUGGAAAACGAAUCGCCGCGUGUGACUAGCGCCGGCAUUUUUUCAUUUUAGCCAGCGCAGAGUGAGGGAAGGCGUUUGGGGAGAUCGGUCGCUGCAAAGACGAGGCAAUUAGACGCCAGGCGACCACAUCUACCAAAAAACACCAAUGUGGCCUUACCCUUAAGCUGCCCUGCUGAGUCUCUUCUGCCCAUACCAGAGCCAUAGUCAUGCUGUCACCGUUGAAACAUUGGCUGGGUUCAGCCCACAAGCAGCAAGAUGCCUAAUUUCAGUUGUUUACAUUUUACCACCAUUGGUAAUGGAAAUAAGCUACAUAAACUCUAUUGGUGCAUAAGGGGUAUACAGAGUCGUGUACCCCCCUACAGUGCAAAACAUAUACAGGUCAGCACUAAGGCUCCCUUAUGGUGCAGGGGCUGCUGAGAAUGCUGGGACAUUCUGCAUGUAUGACAGAGUAUAUGCUGCCAUCCGUAGGAUUUGAUUGAACUAAUGCUAUAUACUGUAUAUAUCUAUACAACUGUGCAAGGGACGGGCACCAAACCAGUCUGUAUAUGGUACCAGCAGCUGUCUCAUUGCACAGAUUCUGUAUUGUGUGUUUCUUAGCGGAUUCAUAAAGGUUCAUUUAUAUUUUUGUUUCAACUCACAAUAAAAUAACGUGAAGAAA